GUCAAGAAAACAGAUUCUAGAACACCAUUACUUCUGGCAAGCAUACAGGAAACCAGUCUGCAUUAUGGCUUCUCUUCUUCCAGCAUUUUCUCCUCAAAGGAGCGUAAUCCAGGCCUAGGGCUGCAGAGGGUGUGGACUGCUUGUUUGUCCCUUCCCCUUCUCAUGCCAGCUCUUCCUGUUUUGCCACGGACGAGACUGUGGUUUUCCGAAGAAGAACAAAGCAGUGAGGGAACGGAGAAGGUAACAUGGCUCACUGGCUCUCCGAAGAACAACUCGCCAUAUUCAAAGAGGCCUUCUCACACUUUGACCAAGAUGGCAACGGGAGCGUCAGCCCUGACGAGCUGGGGACAGUCAUGCGCUCCCUUGAGCAUGUUUUGAGUCACCUCGGGGAGAAGUUCACAGAUGAGAGAAUGGAUGCGAUGGUCAAAGAAGCAGACGUGGAUGGAAAUGGGAAAGUGAACUACGAAGAGUUUCUGAGACUGAUGAUGGAGCUAUGAAGGCCCAAGACACAUUCUG